AUGCAAUCCGUCGGAACACACCAGUAUAACACUUCGAAUUCGCAACAACCUCAUAACCACCCUACCCCUCAAUCACCUCCGGGAUUGUAUUCCGCGUCUAGCGGUUUCAAUAACAGCAUGAAUUCGCAAAAAGUCACUUCUCCCCGAAAUAACACCCACCCUGUCGCCACAAACAGUCUGCCGACGCCUCGUAGUCCGACACUAGAUGCGACGCAAUCGUCUAGUAUGGAGGAUGUCAUGGAUAUCGAUGGAUCGUCUGCUUCCCUGAAAAGGAGAAGAAGUCAAGGAGAUUUGGGAGAUGACGACAGACCCAGGAAGAGUAGAAGUAGGAGUAGAGACCCCAUGGAAAUCGACCAAGGGCAGCCGCCGAUAUCUUCCCUUUCGACAAUACGACCGAGAAGGACGGUUCCGACGAUGGAAGAGCUUUUGGCAAUGCCGACGACGGGUCCUCCGUCCUGGCUUAAUCUCAAAAAGCACGUUCCUUUAAGGCCCGACUUGACAAGUAAUCUCAUUGAAAAGUACAACUUGACAUCUAUAGCUGCAUCAGUCGCUCGAACCGAUUCAUCCGGACAAAAACAAAAACUGCGAAAAUCUUAUAAGGGGAAGAUUGCCGGUUUAUCUGGGAAAAAUGAGGUCGUAACAAAAGCAGAACAGGUCGCGGUACCGGAAGGGCAAGAAGGCUGGGGCCAACCGGUCGUCCAACUCGUAAAGGGAGGACUUUUGGAGAUGUUGGAUAUCCCAGACGAGGAGUGGCGAAGCUUGAAGGUAAUAGGGAAGGAAGUGCCUAGAAAUGGAAAUGCUGGUCGGCCGCUCGACUUUAACGCUCUGCGUAAGGGGUUGAGCAAUUGGUCUAAGGGACCGAUACCAGAUUAUGACGCUUCAUGGCUAGCCCUGGAAGAUCCUCCGCUGAGGCCCAGCGCCAAUUCUACCUCUGGACACCCGACAGGAAACUCCACUCUCAACAACGUCAAAUCCAAUACCCCGGCUGCGACCGCGUCUCCGAACGGUGUCAAUACAUCGUCUCCAAAUCCGGCCAAUAUGCGGUCUUCCGGACGGAAACGAAGAAGAGACUACGGUGACGGCGCGUGGGAAGGAUAUGGCGAAGAUGCUGAAGAUGAUGGUGGAAGCGGGUAUGAUGACGAUGCAGCCGGCAAGAGGAAGAAGAAAAGAAAGGUUAGUGAACUACAAGAAGAUUGA